AUGGAGGCUCUGCUCGAGGGCCUCAAUGAGGCACAAAAGAGUGCAGUCACAAGCCCUGCAAACGUCGUGCAGGUUCUUGCGCCACCUGGUUCAGGCAAAACGAAAACACUCACAGCACGCGUCGCGUACCACAUCAACCAUGAGCGAUUGCAGCCAUGGAACAUUAUCGUGUGCACCUUUACCAUCAAGGCGGCACGAGAAAUGAAAGAGAGGAUCAAGGGCUUUGUUGGGGACAAGUUGGAGGCCAAGUUGAUCUUGGGCACCUUCCACUCGGUCGCGCGUCGCUUCCUGUAUCGCUAUGGUCAAGAGAUUGGAAUUGACAAGAAUUUUGGAAUCGCCGAUACCAGCGAUAGCACAUCCAUAUUGAAGCGUAUCAUCACACGCUACCAGUAUACUGUUGAGCCCGGCCAUGCUCGUUCCCGGAUAUCCAAAUUGAAAGCAAAGGGCAUCACGGCUGAUGACAACACACGGACGGCCAAGAACGUCAACGAAAAUGAAUUUGCCAUGGUUUAUUCUUCUUACCAGGAGCAUCUGGCGGCGUCGAAUCUUCUUGACUAUGACGACCUCCUGAUGCGUUGCGUGGACCUCUUGAAGAAGUCGCCAUCGUGUGUCUCGACGAUACAAGCUGUCCUCAUCGACGAGUACCAGGAUACCAACAACAUCCAGUACGAGUUGAUGAGUUUAUUGGCUCAAAAGACGAAACGUAUCACCAUCGUUGGUGACCCGGACCAGAGUAUUUACAGCUUCCGCUCUGCUGAGAUAAAGAAUUUGCUUCGGAUGCGUACCGAUUACCCAGAGUCGGUGGUGAUCAACCUAGAAAACAACUAUCGGUCCUCGGGAUGUAUCCUCAGCUCAGCCAUGGCUGUGAUUGAGCAGGAUGAAUCCCGGCCUCAGAAAGCGCUGGUCGCAACACACGGUAUAGGCGAACAACCCACCCUUCGCCAUCUGAUAUCGGCGAAUGUAGAAGCAAGAUGGAUAGUGGAGGAAAUACACCGGACCAAGACGCUCACAGCUGGACUGCUGAGCUUCAACGAUUACGCCAUUUUGGUCCGCUCUUCUCCCCUUACUCUGCAAAUUGAAAGAGCGCUCGGGCAAGCAGGCAUUCCCUAUCGCAUGGUCGCCGGUACCAAGUUCUUUGAUCGCGCGGAGAUUAAGAUUAUACUGGACUAUCUUCGUGUGAUCAGUCAGCCGGACCACAACGACGCCGUAGCGCGUGUCAUCAAUGUACCGUCUCGGAAAGUCGGCGACGUGACAGUAAAGGCUCUGCUUGAGGAAGCAGAAGUAAGAAAGGUCACUUUGUGGAAGUUGGUGCUCGAUGUGGCACAAGGCCGGAGGAAGCCCCAAUGUAAAGUGUCCGCGCAGGCCAAUAUAGGCAUUUCGCAGUUUGUCAACGUCAUCCUCACAUCCCGUGAGAAGCUUCUGCCUGCCAAGAGCGACGAGUGCGAUCUCUUUGGGUUGAUAAUGCACGUGCUGAAUAAGAUUGCAUUCCAAUCUUAUCUCAAGCAGGCACACAAGGAGAACUGGCAAGAUCGAUGGGCAAACGUCGAGGAGCUGAUAAAUCAGGCAACCCAGAUGGCAACCGCCGUCGCCAAUGGUGAGGAGAUAUCAGACGACGCCUUACCAGAGGUGGAGGGCCUCGAACAGCGGAGUGAUACCGCGGCUGACCUCUUGUCGAAGUUUUUGGCCAAUGUAACACUGUCGAGUGCUGCGGAUCAAGACGGUAGCGAACUAGACCAAGUCACCAUCUCCACCAUUCACGCAGCAAAGGGGUUGGAGUGGCCUGUCGUCUUCAUGCCCGCCGUAUACGAUGGAUCUAUCCCACACUCCCGCGCCGAAGAUCAAGACGAGGAACGGCGUUUAUUAUACGUCGGCAUGACGCGUGCACAGGGUCUGUUAUACUUGAGUUGUCCAGUCAAGCAGUCCGGCCAAGAGCAAACGACGCUAUCAAGGUUCAUUUCCGACCGCAAGAUCCAAAAGCUCUUCAACGAACGAGGACCAGAUCUAGCCUUCAAACGAAGCACCAUCCCAGACCUAGCACGUAUACUACGCAGAAACUGCCCUACAACCGCAGACAUCGACGCAGCCCGCAAUCUCCUCGACCGACCCGAAGACGACAAAUACCCAGCAACACGCGAAGAACUCGACGGAGACGACUCAACAUACGGCGCCCCCUGGGACAACAAUAACAACCACAAGAACCCCGGAACCACCUACGGAGCCUCAAAGAAGCGUAAACUAAACAACCCUACCUCAUCCACCACAGCCGUUCAUUCAGUCCCAACAACCAUGACCCGCACAGCAGGCUUCUCCACCGCCUCAACAACAAUGCAAGCCAUCAAACCCGGCUUCACCAGCGCCCUCGACCUAGGUAACCUGCAAGCCAUGCAACGAGAAGCCGAACGCAUCCGCAUGCUCGCCGCCACCUCACCCCCCUCACCCCCCUCACCCCCCUCGAAAAAACCAGAACCAGCAAAGCCCCCUCGCGCUAAACCGAACAAACCCCGUCCUACAGGCCAAGGCGCAAUAACCAAUUUUUUCAAACAGAAAAGAGGCUGA